CAACAAAGGAAAAUAUGCUUUAGUCAGCGGUGGCAACGAACUGUCGAUUUCAUGCGAGCUUUCCACCGUGAGGUCUCCAAAGAAUUUUAUCAACAAGAAGCAUAAAGGACGCGCGUUGAACUGAGGUGAUCAUUGAAGUGUUUUUCCCUCGCUCAGAGAUGAGCGUUUCAGCGGAGAAAAGCGCCCUUCCAAGCGAUACAAACGGAAAUAAUCUGAAGCAAGGCAGUUUACUGUUGAGUAUUUAUGGCUACGCUCCUUUCCCUGCUUCUACUUCCUCUGCAUCUGAGUUGAAAAAACAAGCUCUUGGAAGAUCUAACAGUGUUGGAAUUAUCGAGAACAUUAAUACAAAAGCCUUUCAGCGUUCACCCCUGGCCGGCGAAAUACACUACGAUGCGUCCAAACGAAACAGCUGUUUUGAAAUAAGAUCUAACGAGAUGCCAAAGAGAUCUACACCAGGCGAGCGCGAGAGAAAGUCGUCCUCUCGUUUAUUCCGUUCGAUGUCUUUGAGCGGACGCAAACAGACGAAUAAAGAACAGCCAGCUGGCGACGAUAAGAGGAAUUCGGCUAUUUCUAUUUCGGAUAAUGAAAAGGUCACCGUGCUUAUGGAUCACAACGCGCAGCUUUUAGACGAGAAAAACAAAGCUCUGGACGAGUGUGAUAAAAUGAACAAAGAUCUACUAGAUGCUAACGACAAAUUAAAGGAGGCCGAGCGAGAGAUCGAAAAUUUGAAAGACAUGCUGAGCACAAAGAUAAAGCAAGAAUUUGAUAACUGCGAGGUGGAUGCAGGAGAUAAAAGAACUCGAAUGUCUUAUAGUGAUUUCGAACUAGAACCUCUGGAGACAAAAGACAAUGUGGUUUUUCCUUCUAAAGUUGAACACCUCGAGACCACCAUUCAAGCAAGCGCUAUUCCAUUUCAGAAGUCUUCUUCGUGUAAGGAGUGCGAACGUUUAAAACAGUCUCGGAUCAAAGCUGUCGUGGAAGCUAUCGCUCUAAGGAAAUACGUCAAAAAUCUGAACGACGCUCUUUCUGGUGGCGAUGCGGGUAAACAGAACUUUUUGAACGACGUUCAGAAGAAACUCAUUUCUGCACAAACUGAGAAAGAGGUCGCUCUGGAAGAACUUGCAACUGUUAUUGAUCAAAGGAAUCAAGCAGUUAGAGAAAAGGACAGAGCACUCGAGGAAUGGGGAAAAGCAACGGGUAAAUGGGAGAAUACUUUGGACCAGUUAGAUUCCCUUGUGAAAGAAAUGAAUAAGGUGAAAGCAGAACGCGAUGAUCUAACCAAAAAACUAAAAAGAAAGGAGGAAGCUUUAGAGAGAGUCAGAGAGGAGACAUCUUUGUUAUCGGAACAGAUUGAAGUUACUAAGCAAGAUUCAAAUGAAUCCAUAGAAGAAGAAGAUGUUACUCCCAGGGACACAUUCGUGAACACGGAAACUGCAAGAAAAUUGAGCACUGAACUCACAAAGGCUCAGCAACGAAAUAUUGAUAUGGACGCUCAAGUAACAUCAUUGGAAGAGAAAUCAGAGUCGUAUAAGAGAGAGAGAGACCAUGCGAAGGAACAGUGGAGGCAAUCUGUGAAGGAACGAAAGAGGUUGCAUCGUGAGAUUGCAAGUAUUGUUCAAGCAAGGGAUGAAGCGAUACAAAAAUGUUUUUCCACCGCAGAACAAUUAGAGAAACUGAAAGAGGAGUAUAAUCACCUGCUGAACCGGUUAGCAAAAACCGGUUUGAGUGCCAAUAACACAAGUGAACUAUCAAUUCCAUGUUCUCUCAAGGAGUGUAAAUUUUGUGCGGGUGACUCUGCUGGAGGGCUAGAGUCUCCAGAUUCGUCGUUCACCGAAAGUGAAGAAAUUCGAGUAACUUUAGAAAAGGAUGAUCCACUGGACUCCAUCAAAUUGGGCCGAGUUUCCAUGAAUGGAAGAUCUUUUACUGCUAUACUUGAUGUGGAAAAGGGGUUAGGGAGCUCGAAGAGCAUAAGAAAAUAUGAUGAGAUCGUCUCCAUCAACGAUAUUCCAGUGACAGAGACCGACCAAAACCUAGUUAGAUCUUUAUUGGAUGGCGCUCUUAGCUCACUAAACAUGGUCCUCAAGCGGCCAAUUGGAACUUACCAGUUAAGUUUUGACUUGGACCUCAAAGCACCGAAGAAAUCUAAAGUCGGUCUUGGUUUUGAGUGUGGGUUAUAUGUGAAAGAUUUAAAGCAUGGUUUUAUUUCAGAAGAUCAGAACAAUCUGAAAAUUGGAGAUUACGUCAUGAAGGUCAAUGGAAAACACCUUGAUAAAAUAAUUGCCUCCUCGUUGGAGAAAGUUACCAAAAAGUCUGGAGACAAACUAAAACUUCACGUUUCCAGAAAGAUCUCGGGAAAACCUAUGGCUUGUGAGUUCAAGCCCACGAGAUACACUGACUCCGAAUCUGACACAGUUGUACUAAGACGCCUCUCACGUGGUAAUGGCGACAACCGACUGUCACUCGUAUCAAAUGACAGCUCAAUAUCUCGUGACUCCAAAUUUUCUUACAACUCAAGUCUUGGGUCCAUGAGCUCAAACAAUGAUUCCUCUCUGGCUGAUUCGAGCUCUGAUCUCUAUGGCAACAGAUUCACUGGGUACGGCCUCUUUAUGCCCGACAGGCAUCGAACUCCAACUACCUUUUACAGCCCUUCGUCUGACACUCAAUUAGAAACAAUCAUUGCUGAUGAUUGGCCGGAGGUAGGGACUGGGAACGAUUCUCAGACUUCCACGGACGCAAAGGAAAGCGAUUCGCAUGACCACAGCACUCUAAAACCCAACAUUCGGUCGCCAAUGAACCGAAAAUUUGUCAGCACGUCGCAAUUGCAGUCGGGAACGUUUUUGACGCCGAUGGGUGCAGACGGAACAUUAGUUCGGGCCCAGUCUACUAUCACUGCCGUUCGGGUGGACGAUGAUGGAUUGACUUCGAACUUAACGAGAUCCUCUACUUGUGGAACGACUGUUCCUUUGGGAAGAAGUCCUCGUGUAAUGCGCUUCGAGAAGAAAUCGUUGGAUGAUCUCGGAGUAGAAGUGUCUGGUGGUUACCGCAUUGGUAUUUACGUCAUCGAAUUACAAGAAAACUCAAUCUGCAAGGCCGCUGGCCUCCAAGUUGGAGAUAGGCUGCUGAAACUCAACAGUUACGAUCUAACCAGAGCAACCCUGGAUCACGCUACACGGAUUGUUCGUCUUUUACGCACCUGCACGUAUAUCAGAAUCGAGGCUCAACAAGUCUUAAAUUACGAGGAGAUCCUCGGAGACAAACCUUACGAUUCACUUUAUGUUAGGACAAUUCACCCAUAUAAGGCAAUGGCUCCAGACGAGCUAAGUUUUACUGUUGGAGAAACAUUGCACGUGAUAAACACGCGUGCAAAUUACGACCAGGCGAGACAAAGCUGGAAGUGGGUGGCUCAGCGUGCCAGGAAGGACGGGAAGGUUCUUGAGGAAGGACUGGUGCCCUGCAUGGGAAGUAUUCCAGAACAUGUUGAGUCUGCAGUCCUGACACAAACUCUUCAGCGCUUUGAAUCUGAGUCAGAGGAACAAAUGAGUGACGACGCACCAUCCACUUUGAAGAGAGCGUCAACUGAACGCCGAAGUAUCAUACAGCGAUACCGCAAGCUCAUGAAACGCGAGAGUAGAGAUUUACCCAACAACACGGACGAAAACGGUAACACGAACAAAGUGACUUUCUACGAAAUCCUUAGCAAGAUUUCAGAUUGAUCGUCAGCCAUGCUUGAUCGUUCCAAGAACACGAUGGUUACUUUUUUCUUAUAAAAGUUUCACUAGGAUAUAAAUCGUUGGCAUAUUUGUUGAUCUGGAAUCAUCAGAGAAUGAUCAGCUGAAACGGUGCAGUUCGACGCAUUGUCCUCGUUCGACUUGGCAACAGAUAGAAGAAAGAAUGGUAUGACUUAGGAAACUGUUGAAGAGCUACAUACUUUACUAUUAACUUAUUUGUUAGAUACCGAAACUCUGUACAGGUAAAGCGCAUGUUAUUGUUAAGGACUGUUAGCGCAAAAUAAUAAUUCUCAGAUCUUUAUUCAUGUUUUCCUUGUAAAGAAUAACAUCAGUUAGCCAUUAAAAUAACAGUGCGAAAAAACAAUAACGACGCUGAGAUCCAUCAUUGCUGGUACUCAGAGUAAAAGUAAAAGUUAAUAAAAAUUAAAAACGAGGGCGUUGAAACGUGCAUCAAUUUCUAUCAAGAUUCCUUAUGUUCCAGUUUGAAAAUGAGACCCUAUAUUAUGGUGUGAUUACCACGCAACCAAAUUGAGGUUUCUGUAGUCCUCCUGAGUAUUUAACAAUAAGACCAUUAUUACGGAAAUUAUUUGUUUAAUGACAUAGGUGAAUAUAGAUUAUUAGUGUGUAAUGAAAGUCUGAGCUAUUUGUCUUGAAAAAAAUCGCAUAGUUACACGUUUGGUACGUAACGCAUCCGUUGGGCCUCGGAAAUUCCUUAACGUAAGUCAUGAAUUAGGACAACCGUAGAUGGGAAGAUCACCAAAUAUAUACCGCAUUUAAUGAAUCUUACUGCGCUUAAAACAGUCUUGACCUCCCAUCUCUCUAUUCCAAGGAUUUUCAAGCUCCCUGAACGCGUGGCUCGUAUCAGAGGUAUUUAAUGUACAUUGGAUGUGAUACUUAGUCGAAGAUGGUUAUAUUUAAAACAACAAACCAGAAUAUUUUAGAAGAUUUUCAUGGUUGUUUCAACGCAUGAUGUCUCCCCUUGAUAUUGGUAAUAUAAGAAAUGUAUGUUGUCUAACCUUAACAUAGAUAAUAUAAGAAUUUUUUUUUAUCAAGGUUACAACUCUCCCAUAGAAAGCAUAUUUUCAAUUGGUCAUUUCUUAUCAAGUUUUGUUUUGAUGUUCAUUGAGUAAAUGUCGGAAAGUGAAAUAGACAUUUUUUUAAUGAACAAGAAGAUAUCCAAAAAUAAUUUAAGUUCUUUCUCAUAGGUGUAUUUGUUCUUGU